AUGAACGGCGAGCAUGAUCAAGACAGCGCACAGCGACAAGAUAAUGCAGAAGACAGUAUCCCGGCUGGGGCAUCGAGCUCAAACCAGAUCAGCACCUCGUUCUUCCCACCACCGCCGCAAGUCUACAAGAAGUUCACCAAACGCAACUUGAGGUAUCUCGAGGUUCUUAACUCGCACAAAUUGGCGGAAGACGAGCCAUCAUGGGAGCUUUUGACCUCAGCGCAACGGUUAGAGAGGCAGAACGACAUUCUCCGCCACCAUGGCACUUCAUCAAGGAGCAACGCACAGCAGCAAGACGAAGACGUCAACAUGCAUUCCAUCGAAGAGGACACGGGGGCCACGACAGUGGAUGAUCUCCCAGACUUCGACUUGAAGGCUGACCUCGAACCGCCCAAGGUAGACUGGAUCGAAGAGGACGGUGGCUACACAGCUUUCGGCCAGCUCUGGCCGAUCCCGGAUACAGCGCCAACACUGGAACAGCUCGGCAUCCCCGUCCUGUACCCGCUCGAGGGAACGGAUCGCAAGGAGCUCUUACUCACCUUGCUACAGACGCUCUUGCAGACGUAUCGAGAAAUUACCGCUGACUUGCUGAAACCGGCACAGCCGUAUGAUGUCUGGGUGCCAGCCGUACCCGACCCCAACCUGACUCCAGAACAACAGCAGCAGCAGAUGGCGAGCAACCCAGGCUUCUGGACGCAAUCAACCGAAGCCAAAGACAGACUCAAGCAUAUGCAGAACGUCGUGGUCAACAUGCAAUUCCUGAUCAACGAGCUGAGACCCGUGCAGGCCAAGGAGACGCUCAAGCUCAUCAUGCAGAUGCAACUGGAGAGGAGGCAGCAAGAGACGCAGCUCAUCAGAGAACGAUGUGCAAGUAUGCGUUCCCGUGUUGGGGAGCUCAAGAGCAUGCUGGCAACGCAGAAGGACAGCUGA